AAAAAAGAAAACCACUUCGCCCCCUUCGCGAAGGAACCUCGUCGGCCUCGCGGCCCUCGCCGUCCCCGGCGCGUGGGGCGCGUCGCGUCCCCCACACGCACCGACCAUCCCCUGCCCUCCCCGGCCCCACAUCCACGCUCCCGCGCCGUACUUAUACACGCUCCCCGCCGCUCCGACCUCACUUUCCCCGCCUCCAUCACCAAUUCACCAUCUCCUCCUCCCGCAACGCAGCCCGGGUCGCCCGUCUCGCAACUCCCGAGCCGAAUUCCCCUCCACCGCAACCGCCAUGGGCGGCUCCCACAGCCGCGAGGACAUCGACCUCACCUCCUCCGACGAAGAGAAGGAGUACGAGGACGACUACGACGCCCGAUCACCCAUCGCGGAGGCCGCCGCGAGCGCGGGGCAGCGCGACGACGACCUCCUCCGCACCGCCACACCUUCGUCGCUUGAGGCCAUCGACGCCAAGCUCAGGUCGCUGGAUCUCAAGUACCAGCGUCCGACCUCCGCCAAGCUCUACCUCCACGUCGGCGGAGCCUCGCCCUCCGCGCACUGGGUGCCUGCCGAGCGCCGCGCGACCUACGCCUUCGUCGACAAAUCGAGCGACAACGACUCUUCGCCCAGGUGGUUCCUGGAGGUCGGUCCGGGGCCGCGGGUCUCCGCGCCCGUGGACUCGGCGCUCCAGCUGAAGACGAUCCCCGCGCAGCGCCGGGCGGACUUCGCCGCGAGCGGCUCCGUAUGGGCUCUGCGACUGCCCACCGACGCCGAAUUGCGCCGGUUCAGGGUGGAGUACGAGCGCUGCCUCUUCGAGAACACGUACGGGGUCGAGGCCACGGACGAGGGGCGGAAGGAGGUGUUCGGCGCCGACUUCGCCGCGUGGGCUCGGCCCGCCGAGGCCGACGACGCUGUUUGGGCCGAUGCCGAGGAAAGCCUCACCCCUCCCGCCGCCGCACCAGCGAAGGACCUGCUUGAGGAGUUCGAGGAAGAGGCCGGCGACGGCGACAGCAUUCAGAGCCUCGCGCUUGGGGCGCUUGACAACAGCUUCUUGGUCGGUGGCGCGGGGAUACAGGUGGUCAAGAACUUCCGCCACGGCUUGCACGGGAAGGGCGCGUCGGUGAAGAUCUCGGGAGGGCGUGGCGGCAGUGGGAGCGCCUAUUCGACGCCGAAGAAGGCGCUGCUGAUGCGCGGUGAGACUAACAUGCUGCUGAUGAGCCCAGGAGAGGCUGUGCGUUCCAAUGGUGUCCACCAUGUCGAUAUCGAGACUGGGAAGGUUGUCGCUGAAUGGCGGUUUGAGAAGGAUGGGGCUGAUAUUACAAUGCGAGACAUUGCCAACGACAGUAAGGGAGCGCAGUUGGAACCCUCCGGGUCGACAUUCUUGGGCCUGGAUUGCAACAGGUUGUGUAGAUGGGAUAUGCGCGACUCCAGAGGCAGAGUGCAGACAAUCGGUAGCUCAUCAGAGUCACCAGUGCUGAACUGGUCACAGGGUCAUCAGUUCUCUCGGGGCACCAACUUCCAGUGCUUUGCGAGUACUGGGGAUGGAUCUAUUGUUGUUGGUUCUGUGGAUGGCAAAAUCAGGCUCUAUUCUAAGAGCUCGAUGCGUAUGGCGAAGACAGCAUUCCCAGGGCUUGGGUCCCCAAUUACACACGUGGAUGUUACUUAUGAUGGGAAAUGGAUUUUGGGAACAACUGACACAUACUUGAUCUUGAUCUGCACUAUCUUCAAGGACAAAGAUGGGAAAGAAAAAACUGGGUUUAGUGGCCGUAUGGGAAAUAAGAUUGCUGCACCAAGGCUGCUGAAGCUGACUCCACUUGAUUCAAUUUUAGCAGGAACUGACAACAAAUUCCAUGGUGGGCAAUUCUCAUGGGUAACGGAGAACGGAAAGCAGGAAAAGCACCUUGUUGCUACAGUCGGCAAAUUCAGUGUCAUUUGGAAUUUCCAGCAAGUCAAGGACAGCAACCAUGAGUGCUACCGUGAUCAGCAGGGCCUCAAGAGCUGCUACUGCUACAAAGUUGUCCUCAAGGAUGAAUCGAUUGUCGACAGCCGUUUCAUGCACGAGAAGUUUGCAAGCAGCGAUUCUCCAGAAGCUCCGCUUGUUGUCGCUACACCAAUGAAAGUCAGCUCCUUCAGUAUAGCAAAUCGACGCUGACUCUGAAGCUCUUUUUCCCCCGCUGUGCAAAAUAGUUUUGAGUAGUUGCAGGUUCUUGUUCAGUUUGUUCCUUCUUUAGACGGUUUGGCUGGUUGGUUGGUUGGUUUUAUAGUUUUCUUGGAUCGAGGUUUCUUCCGGAAAGAACUGGUUCGUCUGUAUGGCCAUUUGCAGUGGCUCAGUAAAAUUGUAUGUCUAUGUUUGUUGGACAUGUAAUGUGAUGGUGUACAAGCAAAGUAAUGUUGAUCUGAGACUGA